GUCUGGAGCCGCCUGUGCUGUGCGGACCUUCCUCUGGGACAGCAGCGGGAUGAGGGGGGGCUGCCCUGCUCCCUGGGAUGGUGGGGGCGGAUUGCGGGGGUGUGAGGUGCCCAAUUGAAGUCUCUCCCGAUCUUCCUCCCAAUGCCAUUGAAUUAGCAAGCUCAGAAGCAGAGGUCCUUCCCCACCUCUCCACCCGACGGAAUAAAUGCCGUGUAUCACCUACCCAGCCAGGAGCUUCUGGGAAGCUGCCACAUCUCACUCAGGAGAGCAGAAUGUCGUGGUUUAGUGGCAUCUUGGUCCCCAAAGUGGAUGAACGUAAAACAGCAUGGGGGGAGCGCAAUGGGAAGAAAGGCAAGCGCAAAAACACAUCUUUGUGUGGCCCCCGUUACAUGAGCUGCCUACAGGACCCUGAGAUGGAGCGUAACAGCCGCAAGAACGUAGGCCUCCGCUGCACGUGGCAAGAGGACCAUUAUGGAAAAAAAGGGACAGGGGGUGACCUGGGACUAAAAUCUGUGGCCCUUGGCUUUGAGGACGGAGAGACCAAAGGCUCAAAAAUGGGCUCAACUGAAGCAGUUGGCAUGGAUGAGGUGCAAAUUCUUGGGGUUCUUAUGGUCUCCCCACGUAGUGCAUCUGAAGGGAUCUGGUGGAGUGUUUUCUUCAUCUACAUCAUUUACACCCUGCUUCCUGUGCGCAUGAGAGCAGCAGUGUUGAGUGGGGUGGUCCUGUCUUCUCUGCAUCUCAUCAUAUCUUGGUGGCUUAACAAGAAUGAUGACUUUCUCUGGAAACAGUUGAGCGCCAAUGUGCUGAUCUUCCUUUGCACAAAUAUUAUUGGCAUUUGCACCCACUAUCCUGCUGAGGUGUCGCAGAGACAGGCGUUCCAGGAAACACGAGGGUACAUCCAAGCCAGGCUGCAUCUUCAGAGAGAGAACCAGCAGCAGGAGCGCCUCCUACUGUCCGUGCUGCCACGCCAUGUUGCAAUGGAAAUGAAAGAAGACAUAAACACCAAAAAGGAGGAUAUGAUGUUCCACAAAAUCUACAUACAGAAGCAUGACAAUGUCAGUAUCCUGUUUGCUGACAUUGAGGGCUUCACCAGCUUGGCAUCACAAUGCACAGCCCAGGAACUAGUCAUGACUCUGAACGAAUUAUUUGCACGUUUCGACAAGCUGGCUGCAGAAAACCACUGCUUGCGCAUUAAGAUCCUGGGGGAUUGUUACUAUUGUGUCUCUGGAUUGCCUGAAGCUCGUGCUGAUCAUGCUCACUGCUGCGUGGAGAUGGGAGUUGAUAUGAUUGAAGCCAUCUCGUUAGUGAGAGAGGUAACGGGGGUAAAUGUGAACAUGCGUGUGGGAAUACACAGUGGACGAGUUCACUGCGGUGUCCUUGGCCUGCGAAAGUGGCAGUUUGAUGUAUGGUCUAAUGAUGUGACUCUGGCCAAUCAUAUGGAAGCUGGUGGCAAGGCAGGGCGCAUACACAUUACAAGUGCUACAUUAAAUUAUCUGAAUGGAGAUUAUGAGGUGGAACCUGGUCACGGAGGUGAGAGAAACGCAUAUCUCAAGGAACACGACAUCAAAACUUUCUUGGUGACUGGAUGCAGCCAGAAGAGAAAAGAAGAAAAGGCCAUGCUGGCUAAACUACAACGGACAAGAGCCAACUCAAAUGAAGGCCUUACACGAGUCUGGGUUCCUGAAAGAUCCUUUCCACGCAACAAAGGCUCAAAGGCAUUCCGGCAAAUGGGCAUCGAUGAAUCAAGCAAGGACAACAGGAACACUCAGGAAGCUCUAAAUCCAGAGGAAGAAGUUGAUGAGUUCCUGGCAAGAGCGAUAGAUGCUCGAAGUAUUGAUCAAUUGCGAAAAGAUCAUGUGAAAAAGUUCAUCCUCACUUUUCAAACCCCAGACCUUGAGAAAAAGUAUUCUAAGAAAGUGGAUGAUCGCUUUGGAGGUUACGUUGCCUGCACCUUGCUGGUCUUCUGUUUCAUUUGUUUUAUCCAAAUCGUCAUAUUUCCCCAUUCCUUCCUCAUGCUUGGAGUCUACACCAGUAUCUUCGUUAUUUUGGCUAAUAUUCUCUUUGUGUGUGCCGUGUAUUCUUGCAUAAAGCUUUUUCCAUUAGUCUUGCAACGGUUGUCUCGGAAGAUUGUCCAGUCACGUACAAACAGCACCUUCAUUGGGAUCUUCUCCAUCUUACUUGUGUUCAUCUCAGCCUUUGUCAACAUGUUUGCCUGUAAUCACCAGAGUCUUGCUGAAUGUGCUGCAGAAGAACUGAACAUCAGUAGGGAUUCUGUCAAUGCCUGCCAUUUCCAAAUGCUUAACUAUAACCUAAGCAUGGAAACUGCUCCCUGCGGCUCUGAUGGACCAUCUUGUAAUUUCCCAGAGUACUUCAACUACAGCAUACUGCUGAGCCUGCUGGCCUGCUCCGUCUUUCUACAGAUCAGCAGCAUUGGGAAGCUGGCACUCAUGCUCUCCAUCCAGAUCCUCUACAUUAUCAUCGUGGAAGCCCCUGAAGUUGUCCUGUUUGACAAUUAUGACCUGCUGGUGACUGCUAAUGCACUCAUCUUCAAUCACACGCAAGAAGAAGAGCAAUGCUUUGUGGAAAAUAAGAUACACCUGAAGUAUGUGACUCCUGUCAUCUUGACUGUCUUCGUUUUGGCCCUCUAUCUCCAUGCUCAACAAGUGGAAUCCACUGCUCGUCUAGAUUUCUUAUGGAAACUACAGGCAACUGGAGAAAAGGAGGAUAUGGAAGAGCUGCAAGCAUACAACAGGCGUCUCCUGCACAACAUCCUUCCUAAAGAUGUUGCAGCUCAUUUUCUGGCCCGGGAACAUAGGAAUGAUGAACUCUAUUAUCAGUCCUGUGAAUGUGUGGCUGUGAUGUUUGCAUCAAUCAGUAAUUUCUCAGAGUUCUACGUUGAACUUGAGGCCAACAAUGAAGGAGUGGAGUGUCUUCGUUUACUCAAUGAGAUUAUUGCCGACUUUGAUGAGAUCAUAAGUGAAGAAAAGUUCAAGCAGUUAGAGAAAAUCAAAACUAUUGGCAGCACUUACAUGGCAGCUUCAGGGCUAAAUGAUACGACUUACGACAAGGAGGGCAAAUCACACAUUACUGCCUUGGCAGACUACGCAAUGAAGCUGAUGGAGCAGAUGAAGUAUAUCAAUGAGCACUCCUUCAAUAACUUCCAGAUGAAAAUUGGACUUAAUAUUGGUCCUGUGGUUGCUGGUGUUAUUGGAGCCCGUAAACCCCAAUAUGAUAUUUGGGGAAACACUGUGAAUGUAGCAAGUAGAAUGGAUAGCACUGGAGUACCAGACCGCAUACAGGUUACAACUGAUCUGUACCAGGUGUUGGCAGCCAAAGGCUAUCAGUUGGAGUUCCGAGGGGUUGUUAAGGUUAAAGGUAAAGGAGAAAUGACCACCUACUUCCUCAAUGAUGGUCCAGCCAGCAGUUAGCAGCAGUCUGCUUUAAGGGGAAGGAGGAAUUGGAAACCUCAUAUUGACCCCACACAGAGUAUCCAGAACAAUAAGGAAGCUACCUACAUCAUCUGCAACCGUGCAGUUGCAAAGGGGCUCAGUGGUGCCAAAGCCUUGCACCUGAGAUGGAGAGCUUGGCAGGGGAAUAUAUGUGUGGUGCUGUACUCAGUGUCCGUGCUGCCCUGCCCAGGAGACUGUUUCACCUGUACAGUGAAAGCCCAGAGAAGCCGCUUUUCACCCUGGCACUUGAAAACAAACUACUCACAGGUGGUACUUACACAUUAUUUAUUGUGAACGACGAGACAUUAUGCUAUUUUCUUUUGUCUUUUUUUUAUUUUAUUAUUUUAUUGAGAUUAACACAGCAACAAAUCAUUUUUCAAUAGACUUAAAAGAUGAAGCUUCUCUAAAAACUGACCAAAGAGCCAGAAGUACAGGCCACAGCAGGGAGCGAGGGCAUUGCCUUGUACGUUAUUAUGCGCUGUAUGUUUUCUCUUGUGAGCGAGUGACAUGUCUCCAGCAGCAGGUGGGAAUAUGACAGUUCUCUAUAGGAUCCUCAUUACCACACACAGGGACUUGAAAGGGCAACAAAAAUCCUGCAGUUCAAUUCUUUCCUUUCAUUCCACAUCCUGACUCUGAUCUCUCAUGUUCCACACUUCCUCACCUCCAGCUAAUGGAGACUAAGAAACAGGAGCAGAAGAUUGUCCUACAUGGAUCUAUUGGAAGGUUCCACUUCAGUGCAUUUUUCAUUUAUGUUCCAAUUGGGAAGUGUUUUCGACAGACUCUCUGAGAUUCCCCUAGCAUCCAAGGAGAGUUGCAUGGGGAACCACGUCCUGACAGCAGACAUCACAGUCUUUGCCUUUUUGACCCAUUCCCUCAACUGCCUUUUAUUCUGUGGAAUUACAUGAGCAGAAGGGCGAGGAAAAUGUGCUUGUGCAUCUACAUCUGACAAAGCACUUGUCUUUUUUCACUGUGAACCUAUUGUAAUCUGUGUCUCAUUUGCCAAAAUUCACUUCCAGCCUGCAGAUUUAUAGAUUCUCGGGUUUGGAGACAAGGGAUAAAUGCCUCAUCUAUGUGGGGCAGCACAGACUGUAUUAGGUACUAGCUGGCCUAAGAAUUCCUCAGGCUGCAAGGAUAGCCAGCGCCUUAAUCCUUUUAUUGUAGAACUGGUUCCUGUACGUGUUCUGUAACCAUCAGAUGGUCAAUCAUAUGGUAGUACUUAUAGAAAAGAUAUCUGCUUAAGGUAAGAUUGCACAUCAAGUGGGGGGUACCUGAACCUCUCCAAUGACAGAAUGGUCUGAAGAACAUGGUUAACCAAUAAGCUGCACAGAUCUAAAUGGUUACAUUAUAAAAGUGUCUCAACUAGUGAUGAUGACUGUGGAAAAAUACAACUCAAGAAAUAUGGUUGAGCCUCAAAUAUAUGUCGAGGUAUUACCUACGUUUAGUCUUUUCUGCCUGUUUUACAACUUUUAAUGCAGCAGUCAAGGGUUUUUGUGAAAAUGUAGUCUCCGAUGUAGACAAGUCUUGAUCCCUAAAUUAAGGGCCUGACCCAGACACCUUUUAGCAAAUUAUUAAAAUGGAAUAUCACGGGGCAGUGCAAUUCCAUGUCUGGUGCCAAAGAAGGAAAAAAGUUACAAAAAUACACUUGGGCUGCUUGUGUUGGCGCUAUCAUGUUUUGUUUUUUUGUUUUAGUUUCUUUUUACAAUUUCUCCUCAGUACUAUUCAACCAACACUAAAUAUUUUAAGGGAGAUGUGGUAGUAAACUCUUUGUAGAGUUGUGUCUAUUUGUCUUCAGUGAACAGUAACCUCUGGUUUCACCAUAGCCACCAUUCCAGCACACAUCAGAGAGAUGAAAAAAAAAAAAAAAAGUGGCUAUUGCGGAAAUACAAAUCUCAGCAUGCCAAUGGACGAAUAGUUGCUGAUGCCUGUUGUAAAGUCAUUAUUGAACUUUUGUCAAACGUGACUAAGUGGUGAACUAAUUAUGUCGAGGUGCUCUGUUAGUUUGCUAUUAGAUCUGUUACAUUAGGAUUGGUUAUAAUGAUCUGAAGGACUUUGCUACAGCCAGCAUCUUUGUGGGAAACAGAAUGAUGUGCCUUGCUCAUCUAGAGAACACAAUAUUAAUAUCAGACUCCCAACUCUCUACUACAAAUUUAUCGCCACAUCCCAUAAUGUGUUUAUAUAUUUUACCUUUUUGUUAAAUUUCUAUGAAUGCAUAAAUCAAUUGUUAUAUGCUGAAUUGCUCAAUUUAGCACCAUUUUAUGGCCACAUAGUAUAGCAGCUGCUCAUUGUGCUUUGUUAGGGUUGCAAGGGCUGAGAAUUAAUUUUAGUGGGUCAAUUACCUUGACGUUAUGUUAAUGCACUUGUUUAGCCUAAGAAUAUUAAACUCCUUUCAUUUACUGAAUUUCAGAGGAAGGGGAAGUGGCUCAUAUACAGGUUCUCUAGUCAAUCAGAAAUUAUUUAGCAGAAUUUUACUUAUAGUUGUACUUGUUUAUGUUGCAGCACAUUGCUAUGUAUUUAAGUCCUUGAAACCUCAAUAGAUACUUCUAACCUGGAUGUCCUCGCAGAAUGUGGCGUCGCCAUCUGGAAGUGUUCACCAGGGAAGAACCAGACCCCAAAUGUCAGAAUUGAAUAAAGGCAUCAUUAGUAUAUUAUCUUUUAUAAAGGAAUAGUUCCCCCAUCAAGUUUUAGUGGACAAGUUGAUUUUAAGGCCUGAGGCAACCUGUUUAUUCUGUGUUGAGCAGUGCUUUAUGUCCUAGUAUAAAGAAAAGCUAUUUUCGUACAAUUUGAUCUAAUGUAAAGUUUUAUGUGUUUCUAUCCUUUAACAUGCUGUUUACUUAAAAGUGUUCUCCACAAAUGCAGCUUCAAGCCGUGUGCUUGCAAAAGCCAACAGCCCUCAGUGGGAUACAUCCUAUGCAUCCUAUGGAGAACACAGUGCAACAGUCACAUCACCUCUCAGGCUUGUGCAGAUUUUCCAGCCAGGAACCGCAUUAGUGAAGAUUCCCUUUAAUCAUUCUUGUUUCAUUGAAGAUCCUUCCAGACCUGUAUACUUAUUUUUUUCUCCCCUAGGAAUUUCAUGAUUUCAUACCGUCCUUUAGAUUUUAUCUGUAUCAUGCAAGAUAUUACUGUAUGUCACUUGUAAUUUUUAGCUACAAUAGGCUGAGAUAUACACAGGAGCAGAUUUAUCAGUACAGUUUUGGCUCUGUAUAGAAGCUUGUUAAUUUGCCGGCAUCAUAUUUUUCUACAUGACUUAUGAGAAGUGUCUCUAACAAUAAAGACUGUUCUAAGGCCCCCUCACAUAUGUCCGGUGAUCCGUUUCAGUUCCCGCUCCAGCGUGAAGUAGAAAACGCUGGAGAGGAACUGAAGCCACAACUGGUCCCUUAGUUUCCUAUGACAGAGUUCUCAUACAUCUGGCGUAUCAGUUGUGAUGCCUGAUGCCAAGUAGCGCUGGAUAGAAACACGCUGCACGCUUAGUUUUUCUGUCCGGCGCCAUCAGUGGAUAGAUGCCGGAUCUGUGCACUAAAGUGCUGUAUACAUAUACUGUAUCAGUUGUGCCACGGCCUACCAAACCAGUUACAAGAUCUGCCCCUGGUGAGAUCCAUUGUACAUGCACACACCUAAGACUAAAUUCUGUUUUCAGAUAUUGAUUAGUGUUGAGCGAACUUGUGUUAUUAAGUUCGGUGUACAGGUUAGGGUUAUCUAAGAAUCCUGUUAUGGAUUCUGCUACCACGGACCAUAACUGAAUUCUAUGACGGCAUGCACCACAGAGGCUUUCCAUAUUGCAUUCCGUCAUAAUAGAAGUCUUUGGCCAGCAUAGACUUCUAUUAUGACGGAAUACUUCUUAUAUAGGCUUCCGUGGUGAAUUCCGUUAUUAUCCGUGGUAGCGGAAUCCAUAAUGGAAUUCUUAGAUAACCCGAACCUGUUUGCCGAAC